AGUACGUAAGUUCGACGUAAGUAGUGCGUAGUUAAAUUUCGGCGUUUCACGAAAGCGUCUUAAUUCACGUUGCGUCGUACGUAACGACGUAAUUUUACGUCACCUCGGAGGUGACGUAAAAUUACGUCAUAACGUGAGUACUUGAAAAUGGCAGCGUUUUUGCGGUUCUACGAUGACGAGACACGAAAAAGUUUGAGGCGGCAGCGUAUUUUUAGAGACCGGUUAAACCCACUUAACUCCUAUUGUGAUGAAGAGAUGAUUAAGAGGUUCCGUUUAGAUAGAGGAUCAAUCCUAAGUAUUUUAGACAAUGUCGGUGAGCAGCUGGAAAGACCUACAAAGCGCUCUCAAGGUUUGCCAGCAUCCAUACAAUUAUUCGCCGCACUUAGAUUCCUUGCUUCGGGGACAGAACAGAGAGUCAUCGGCGAUACUCUUGGUAUCUCAAAGUCAUCGGUGUGCAAAUCAAUUGACAAAGUAGUCAAAGUUUUGUCCACAUCUUUGAACACCAUUAAAUUUCCAUCUGAAGAUGCAGACAUUUUGAAAACAAAACACGGGUUUUAUUCAAUUGCGGGGUUUCCAAACGUGGUCGGUGCAAUUGACGGCACGCUUAUUCCUAUUACAGCGCCAAAAUCUGACGAGCACCUGUACAUAUGUCGGAAAGGAUUUCAUUCCAUCAACGUACAAGCCAUUGUUGAUUCUGACUUGAAGUUUCUGAGUGUAGUGAGCAAAUGGCCUGGGGCAACACACGAUGCCUUUAUCUGGGCAAAUUCUGGUAUUGCACGCAAGUUCGAGAGGAGCGAAAUUGAUGGGUGGUUACUUGGCGACUCCGGUUAUCCUUUAAGGCCUUGGCUUUUAACUCCAGUGAAUAACCCUAAAUCUAGAGGAGAACAGAGUUACAAUGGAUCCCAUAGAAAAACCCGCGUUGUUGUAGAACAGGCUUUUGGAGUUCUGAAGUCCCGAUUCAGAUGUCUUCAUAAAACCGGAGGUGCUCUUAAUUAUGAACCAGAGAAAUGCUGCAUGAUAGCGUAUGUUUGCUGUCAACUGCAUAAUAUCUGCGUUGACUUGAAGCUUCCUAUACUUGAAGAGGACGAGAUGGAUGACAUUAAUGAUGCGGACCAGGACGGUGAUCUUACCUAUCAAGGACCUCUGAACGAUGGCAAGACAGUGAGAGAAGCGUUAAUUCGUCAGCGUUUUUUGUAA